AUGAUUGGAAGUACUGGCGAAACAACCAAAAGGAGAAGCCGGAACAUGGUGGGGGAAAAUAAGAGCAAUCGACUCCACUUGGGAAGAAUUUCACAAAGAAUCCACGAACAAGUUCAACGAACCUCAAGUCAGAGCGAAACUGCACACAGAACUGAUGGGAUGGAAAAAAUCCUAUGGGCAAUCAACGGGGGACUUUGUGUUACAAAAUAUUCAACUAUUCCGAAGGUUGAAUACCAGCCUGGACGAGAAAAAUGUAGUGGAGACCAUCAUAGAACUAAUGAGAUCAGAAUAUCAGAACAUAAUAAGGGUGAAUAA